UUACAGUGUGCUGGUUUUCAUGAGCCGAUAUAUAAAGGAGUAGGGAACAGUGCAUACACACUGUAGUGAAAAGACAAUGCAGCUCUGGUUGUGUUGUGCCCUGUUGGUGUUUGUGGCCGGAGGCUGCUUGGCUCAGAAACCUCGUCCAUGCAGAAGUCCUCCUCUCCUUGAGGGGCACCUCAGUGUGGUAAGCCAAAAUGGCAGUUUCCAGGCACUUGGGAAGUACUCCUAUGAUGCUUUCUUACGGCGCAUCCGCUUUGGAGAGUUUGUAAAGGCUAAGAAUCAUACAGCAUUCCUGGAUGCUCUGCUCCUUUACAGAGAGCAAGUGAUGUACCUGAUCAACUAUAAAAACAAGACAUGCCAAAAGAAGGCACUGACAUCCAAGUUCCACCCGAUGAAGAUCCCGUGCAACUCUACUCUUCUUGGCCAGGUAGUGUUAGGGAGUCUCUCUGCACCUGGUGAAGGUUUACUGGUCAACUCAUGGGCUGGAGAGAUUCCUCAAGUACAAGGCCAGUAUGUGAUGACAUUCACAGAGUUUGGCUGCCUUCCUGUAACUGUCCUGUACAACAUGCCUAAAACUGGCUGGGUUGUUACCAACUUUUUUAACAUUGUUCGUGGGAUUAAGAAUCCGUCCGUGUUCAUUCCGCCGCUGUUCUGCCAAAACGCUACUCUGGAAGCAGGGGAGGGUGAUUUCUUCAGUGCUUUCUUCUGAGUCAACACCGGUGCUCUUCAUAUGACCCACAUGUAACAUCCCUCAUCACCGAUCUUAAAUAAAGAUUUUGGCAAACAUUUAAAUUUACACAAUGUACAAUGUUUGUUCAGAGCACUGAGUUCUACUUUUUACAUUUCUAGCCUGUGCACAGAUUUAGCUCUAAUUUAACUCUGACAAUGGAAGCAAGACAAUCUUUUCAGGAAUAUUGAAAUAUAUACAGUAGUAUAUUGCACUUAGUUAAAAAGCAAUAUGAAAGCUUUCCUGCUCAUCCCAGUUGUAAAGACUGGCUGUUAACUUUUUCAGAACUUUACUGUCAGAUGUUGUUGUUGUUGUUGUUGAUGGAAUAAUAAUAUUUCUGUGAUCAUAAUGUACACAGUAGCCAUUCUUACUGUACAUGCACUUCAGCAUGAAGCAUAUAUUAAUAUUAUUGAUCGCAAUAUGAAUUUAUUAUAUUAAAACUGAAUAAAUCAUUAAAUCCCAUGAAUUAAAAACA